UAAUAAUCAUGAAGUCAACUUGAUGAUUGAUAUUUAUUAUUAUAUUUACUCCAAAAAUGUGUCUGUCGUAACUAGACAUUUACCGUUUUACGUUCUUUACUACACAGGCAGCAAAAAUUAAUUGUUGGAAUUUAAAAAUCAUUGAAUCACGUCAGAAUGGCUGAAGAGAUGAAUGAAGAGGUAUUGUCAAAGCGACACAAAAAAGAGCGUAGAGAAAUGCAAGCACAAAUUCAAACCCUCAAAAAAUCGAUUUGCAAAGGUGACAAAAAGAGGAAACGAGAAGUGACUGAAGAGAUAAUGAGAAUGGAGUCAGACCUAGACACACGUCAUGAAGAGGAGCUGAUAAAUUUCAAAUUAUCACAAGUAACACUGACAGGAUUACCCUCGAGUGAGACUGUAAUUAAUUCAGAUCAUGAUGAUGAUAAGGAUGGCAAAGCAGAUGUAGAGAUUGUUCAGAGAAUAUCCAAGGCACAGAGAAGGAGAGAUAAAAAAGCACUAGCUGAGAGGGAGAGAAGUGAGAGGAUAAUUGAACAAGAGACAUUAAAUGUUUUUGGAAAAAGAACUUUGGAGGCCGAGGCCAUAGAGAAAAUCCUGUGUGAACGUGAUCUUAAACUCUAUGAAAUUCCCAGUGAUGGGCAUUGUUUAUAUAAUGCCGUAGCCCAUCAAUUAAAACUAUUGGGCGACAUGCCACACGGUCUACAGGACUUACGGACUAAAACAGCUAGUCAUCUUCGUGCAAACAUGAACGAUUUUCUUCCAUUUUUAUCGAAUCCUGACUCUGACGAAUUGUUCUCAUCUGAACAAUACGAAAAAUACUGUAAUGAUGUAGCGAAUACGAGUGCAUGGGGUGGAGCAAUAGAGCUUCAAGUAUUAUCGCAAGUUCUGAAAUGUCCAAUCGAAGUAAUUCAGGCAACAGGAGUACCGUACAUCAUUGGAUCUGAAUUCGAACACAGUCGGAAAGUCACAUUAACCUAUCAUCGUCAUAUGUACAAAUUAGGUGCGCAUUACAAUUCAGUGAGUAAAAUCGCCAAAGAUGAAGAUAGUUGAUGAAUUACACGAAAUUUUCAGUAAACUCAGGUAAACUUCAUGUAAGCCCAGAGAAAAAAAAACGAAUUUAUUGGUGAGAUUUCAAAUUGUUUUUUUCAAACGUUCACUGAUGAUCGAAGGCCUCCCGCCACGCGAAUUUUUGAUUUAGAAUACAUUUAAAUUAAUUAAUUUUCAUAAUGAACGUAAUGACCAUCAUGUUAGGUCAUCUCACGCAAAUUUUUUGGUAGAAUAAUCACUAGAGAAAAUAUAUCCACAAUCAUCAUAUACACAUCGAAAUUAAACGAUACACUUUAAUUACAAGUCGACUUAUCUAAUGAGUAAAUUUCGAUGUAAAUGUCGUAAAAGAUAGAUUUUCUGUUUGAAAAUGAAAUUUCAAAUCUGCUGGUUUCCAAGAUAUUCGAGAAUAAGAGUGUAGAAAAAUUUUAGACUCAUUUCCCGAGUGAACGAAAAUUAAUUAUACUGCUGCCACUGCGUAUCGAAUAGUAAAUUACACUGUCAUCGAUUUAACGAUUCAACAACCUCAAUGUGUUUCUCCAUUGAAAUACAAUACAAAAUGAAUAACAAAUUAAAAGAUGAUUAAGACUCCACAAAACAUUCAAAUUUUGAAAACUGCCGGAGCAAUGCAAAAGUGAUAAACGUAGAAAUAUUUUGGCUAAGGUUGAAUUAUCUAUCCACACAUUAGAUAUCCACAAAAAAUUAUUAAAUGCUAUUAUAAAUGAUUUUUAUUAUACUGAAACAAUAAAUACACUACUGUAAGCUCCCUUAUUGGAAUAGUUAAUGGGGAAUUUUAGAUUGUUGGGUUUGAAAAAUAAGUAAUAGCAACAAAAAACCAGGAGAAGCAUUCCUUUUUUAAUAAAACUCCAUAAUCAAUUUUUCGAACUUACAUUUAUUUAAACAAAUCAACAUUGACCUCAUAUUACGGGUAUUGUAUAUUGGUAUUGUUGCACAGAUAAUGGCAUUGCGCUAUACAGGGGGAGUAAUAUUUCCAGUAACUUCACAACUUGUCAAAUGGAUUUUUCCAUCAGCAAUUUUCCUAAUCAUUCGUCGGCCGCUUAGAGUGACGAGGGGAGGGAGGGGGGAACAUAGAAAAAAUUUCACCUGGAGUAAUGCUCAACAAAUUAUAAUUAAUCAAUAAUAAAAAUCACUGUCAAUCGGACUAGACGUGGCAUAAGAAGCGUCG